ACAACAUUCAACAUUCAUGCAUCUCCUAGGAAUAUAUUGACAACACGACCUGCAGAGAAAACAUCGGGUACAAUGGAAGUGCAAAAUCCCUCCCUCGCAAUGACCACACAAGCCGCAUCAGUCAAGCCAUGGUCGUCUGGCCGGGUGUUGACCACGUCGCAGAGGGAAGCCAAGCGCCGUAAAGACCGCAUCACAAAGCGGGUACGAGCAGAGAGGCAGAAUCAUUCUCUCGAAUACCUCCACAGCCAAAUCGCCAAUCUUCAAAAUUUUGUUCAAACGCACAUAGCGUCCUGCCACGUUUCCUUUCCAUCGGGUGACCUGCCGGUAGAAGACACAUUACAUCUUCCUGGUCCAGUGCAGUGCUUCCAGGAUAGCGAAUCGGCGAUGGUGGCUCCCGCGCCACCGUCCUUGGGGAGACUCUCAGUCCCACCUGUGGACAAGCUGAGCCAUGAGUACUCUCAGACCCCGCCAUAUUUGGAUGAUAUCAAGAGCACUACUAGUAUUCUAGAAUUUGCCAACGACCUCUUCCACAAAGCCUGCGAGCUCAAUGCUCACAAAGUCAGUUGGAAUGACCAGCUCAACCAAGACGCGAUCAUUCGCGGUGUUCUCGAAGGUUGGCAUAUACUGCAAGGCCAAACACACUCUUGCCCACUGUGGAAGCUGCUGGAACAGAUUGACAAGAGGGUAUUUAUCCAAGGUGGUGUUUUGACGCGUAUUUCAAUGUUACGCAUGAUCCAUCGGAUGUACCAAGCAUUUCUUCAUGUCGACGGUUUUAAAAUGCUCCCAGCGUGGUACCGUCCCAGGCCUACCCAACUUAAAUUUCCCCAUCAUAUUACAGCUGACUACUUUGCCUGGCCCGGCUUCCGUGAACGCCUUGUGAUCUCUAACUGCGAGAUACUGACUGAUCAAUUCUUCAAAUACUUCGCCUCGUGCUUCCGCUUGUGCUGGCCCUAUUCGAUCGGCGAUGCCUACAGGGUUGACCCGGUCAGCAAACUAUACUCAUUUUCAGACACAUUUGAGAAACAUGUUUGGGAUAUUCGCAUGUGGACCAUGAGCCGCGAGUUUUUUGAGAUUUUCCCUGAUUUGCAGGAUGAUAUGGCGCCAGAGACACCCAUUGUGAACGCUCCUUUAGCUCCUCCUCUGAAUGAAGACGCAGUGGCUAUGACCACUCCUAAUAUUUUAUGCACUCUGACACAUUAGGCGAAUGCUCAGUGUGCGGGAUAUGUUGCGAUAUUUUGUUUCUUGGAAAGCCGUCUGUUGUAUAUUAGGGGGUUUUUCCUUUUUUACUUCCAGCCAUUGCUAGCAUUGGUUGAUUAUGGGCGUUUUGGCGUGAGAUAUCUGUAUUGUGACGGUCUGGUCACGUUGGCUGGCUAUCACGUGAGAUGCAGCUGUUUACUUUGUUGAUAAAUACGGCGUUACCUCCUUUCUUCCUUCCUCAUGUUGAUUAUUCUCGUCGAUAGCUACCUAGGUAGAACCC